AUGGAAGAACAUUCUGAUGCUAAUUUCAAGUGGCAGCCUCGAUUCUGUGGAGAUAGAUUGAGGCACGUGAAUUUGGUGGUGCUUGCUGGUUAUAAUCACAAGCUCCUUAUCGUUAUCAACAAAGAACGAGACGCAUCCAUCGACUUUGCAAGCAAGAGGAGAAUGGCGUCGACCACACCCGCUUUGAGUGGCUCUGUGUUGAACACCACUUUCCUUAGGAAACAGCCUCUGAACAGCACAAGCCUGAGGGCUUUCUCCAACGUUAACGCCAUGUUUGGUGUGAAAGGAGGAGGUGGGGGUCGUGUCAGUGCCAUGGCCAGUCACAAGGUGAAGCUGAUCACCCCAGAUGGAGAGAAAGAUUUUGAAUGCCCAGAUGAUGUAUACAUUCUUGACCAGGCUGAGGAAGAAGGCAUUGAACUUCCCUACUCAUGCAGGGCUGGUGCAUGUUCUUCCUGUGCUGGCAAAGUUGUGUCUGGCAAAGUGGACCAGUCAGAUGGUAGUUUCCUUGAUGAAGCUCAAGAGAGUGAAGGCUUUGUUCUCACCUGUGUUGCUUACCCCACCUCAAAUGUUGUUAUUUACACCCACAAGGAGGAGGAACUCACCGCCACUUGA